AUGAACGAUGAGUUACGACGCCUGGAUCUGACUCCACUGAACUUCCCCAAGUGCCACUACUCAGACCUGGAGAGUGACAACGAAGUGAUCUUCAUGGAGGACCUCAGGGACAAAGGCUUCCAGAUGUACGACCGCAAGAAAGGGCUGGACUCGAUCCAUACGACCCUCAUCGUGAAGGCGCUUGCCCGCCUGCAUGCCGCGUCGCUGUUGCUGCAGGCACGGACACCCGACACGGACCUAGUGGAUAGGUUCCCUUUUCUGAGGAAGGACUGGCAUAACACAUCAGAAGACGACGACGUAGAUAUUCUUGGUAAGAUGUGCAAACCUGGCCUCGAUAUGGCGGAGGCCGUUCUACAGCGAUACAAGAGCCAUGGCGGAGGGGAUCCCUGGGUGGCGGAGGUGAAGGACAGGGUCACUGAAUUCUUUAUCAGCGUGAUCAAGAGAGAGGCUCCCUUCGAGGUGAUCUGCCACGGGGACUGCUGGAACAACAACGUGCUCUUCAGGUAA